ACAUGAUGACUGAGUUUAUUAUCGUUAUGCUCUAAACAAAAUGUAGUCGGACUUAGUUUCUUAGUUUCUGAGUUCCCAUUUACCUUGAAAGCACGGAAGUUGGAGGUCAGGGAUUUCUCAAGUUGCAACCACUUAGUUCCUAGACAUCUAGAAACGCGGCACCAAGUCUCCGACCUGAAGACCAAAUCAAGAAAUUUCCCUGCCUUACUUUUUUUCCAAGCUGUAAGCUGUUCUGAACGCACCAACAAAUCCUGUCGGAUUUAUGAGGUCCUGUUGGGAUGUUUCUUUUGUCAGAGGAGCAUGUCAGUGUCUCACUUGCCCUUUUCAGCGAUGGAGGAGAAAAGGGAUCUACACAGCCCAGAGUCGAGUGAAGGGGAGAGUGUUUCUCCUUCUCCCAGUUUGCCUUCGCCGCCUAUCCUGCCACUCCAAGCAGCACAGCAGGCGCACAGAACCACCAACUUUUUUAUUGACAAUAUACUUCGGCCAGAUUUCGGCUGCAGGAAGGAGCAGGCCUUAUUGGGGGUGAGGGAACGAGCGCAGACUUCCAGUCGAGAUCGCGCCCACCCUUUGGUCGCUAGGCCAACUCAUCCUGGGACACCAUGCCAGGACUCCAACAGCAGCAGCGACAGCACUUCUUCCUCCACCUCGUCCUUGGGCUUGUCUCCUACACCCAAAAAGGGCACACCAUCCUCGAAGGCAGACGAAAGCUCCGGAGGCGGCACGCUAAAGUUCGGCGAGAACACUUCUGUUAUGGUUGUGAACGGAGGUAGAGGCGGCGCAGCGCCCACCCCUGAGUCUCAGCCGCUACUUUGGCCGGCCUGGGUUUACUGUACUAGAUAUUCGGACAGGCCGUCAUCUGUAGGCCCAAGGACACGGAAAUUGAAAAAGACGAAAAACGAAAAGGAAGACAAGCGACCCAGAACGGCGUUCACGGCUGAGCAACUCCAAAGACUGAAGACGGAGUUCCAGGCCAACCGUUACAUCACGGAGCAGAGGAGACAGUCUCUAGCCCAGGAGCUCAACCUCAAUGAGUCACAAAUCAAAAUCUGGUUCCAGAACAAACGGGCCAAAAUCAAAAAGGCCAAUGGCUAUAAGAACGGCUUGGCUCUUCAGCUCAUGGCGCAAGGAUUGUAUAACCAUUCCACCACUACCAUUCAGGAAGACAAGGAGGAGAGUGACUGAAACGUGCUUUCCCCAACUAUGCUACACAAACUCGGAAAACUUUGGAGGAAGAGGAUAAAAUGUGUGGAAAGUCAAAGCUGUUGUAAAGAGAUUUUACAUUUGUUGAUUUGUUCCAUAGGCUUGUGUAUGGACAAACGAUUAAAGUAGCCUAUGCCUGCAAACUACAAACAUGAUGGAAAGUGAUUAGCCACAAAAAUAAGACUGUGUAUAUAUAAUUUAAGAAGAAGGGGUAAGAUAUAGGACUACUCACCCCGCACUUUCUGGAGAAUGAAAUGAUUGUAAUCUUGAUCGCGUUAGGCCUAAUGUUUUGUGAUAUCUAUAUCAAACCUCGAUGAAUUUACAGACUGUGAUCUGCCACAUCAAGCCAAAGAUUAUAUCGGAAAAAACAGCCUGAACAAACUACGUAUUUCUCUGUUAUAGCCAAUAAUUUCUUCCUGAACUUCAAGUCCCUAACAAUCAAUGGGCAACUGUUAUCAUUGCCUACGGCUUGAUGUAGGCCUAGGCUUUGUACCGGAAGGAUAUAUGACUCUUUACUCGUUGGAUUCACAAUAUCUUGGAAUACUACAAAGACACAGCUUAACAUCAGACUAUCUUGAAGUAUAUGUUAUCUCCCUCUACGAUUAGAGGAAAUAUAUUAUCUACUAGGUCGACAUCUAAAACAUGUUUCCAAAUAAACAUUUUUA